AAAAGAAAGAAACGUACGAAAAUGGGUUAAUAACUUGAAGUGAAAGCAUCCUCCCGUGGGGAAAGACAGUACUAGAGGAGUAUAUAAAAGCACGAGUUCACAUGAAGCACUUUGACACACAACCCACCGACUUCGCGUAUAACAAUAUCAUCACGUGAACUCACUAAAUAGGAUUUUUUGUGUUCUUGCUCUGAAUCAUGAAACAUUCUUCCAUCAUUGGUUUCAUUUUCUGCGCCAUUUAUUCGCUCCACACCGCCUUCAUACUUGUUUCUUCUUCAAACGAUGGACCUUUCUACGAUUCUACUGCCUAUACACAGUGUAGAGCAGAACCAGAGAAACCACUUUACAAUGGAGGGAUGCUGAAAGACGAAGAAGCUUCUGCGUCAGGCAGAGACACUCUCAGAAGCGUUGGUGCUCGCUACACACCAGCUUACAUAUUGCGUAAUCUCACGCAAAACACCAUCUAUUGCUUCUCCAUUUGGGUGAAGAUAGAGGCUGGUUCUGCAUCAGCAGAUCGUGUAAGAGCAAAGUUGAGAUCAGACAACGCCACAUUAAACUGCGUAGGUUCUGUAUCUGCAAAACAAGGUUGCUGGUCUUUCCUCAAAGGCGGCUUCCUUCUUGACUCUCCUUCCCAGCUAUCCAUCCUCUUCUUUGAGACAUCAAACGACGAUGGUAAAACUCAAUUAGAAGUUGCGAGUCCAUCUCUUCAGCCCUUCACGCAGGACCAAUGGAAGAACAACCAAGAUUACUUCAUUAACACUGCGAGAAAAAGAGCAGUGACAAUUCACGUGGCCGGAGAAAACGGAGAGAGCGUUGACGGAGCAAUGGUGAACGUGGAGCAGAUCUCUAAAGACUUCCCCAUUGGUUCAGCUAUCUCCAAAACAAUCCUCGGAAACAUUCCUUACCAAGAGUGGUUCGUGAAGAGAUUCGACGCGACGGUGUUCGAGAACGAGCUGAAAUGGUACGCGACGGAGCCACAUCAAGGCGAACUCAACUACACAUUCGCCGAUCAGAUGAUGAACUUCGUCAGGGCCAACAGGAUCAUCGCUCGUGGCCACAACAUCUUCUGGGAAGAUCCCAGAUACACUCCCGGGUGGGUUCGCAAUCUAACCGGGGAAGAUCUCCGGUCCGCGGUUAACCAACGUAUAAGAAGCCUUAUGACACGAUACAGAGGAGAGUUCGUGCACUGGGACGUGAGCAACGAGAUGCUACACUUCGACUUCUACGAGAGCCGGCUGGGGAAGAACGCUUCGUACGGAUUCUUCGCGGCGGCGCGUGAGCUCGACUCGCUCGCGACUCUGUUUCUGAACGAUUUCAACGUGGUGGAGACUUGCAGCGACGAGAGGUCAACGGUUGACGAGUACAUAGCGAGGGUCAGGGAGCUCGAACGGUACGACGGAGGAGGUGUGGUGAGGAUGGACGGAGUCGGGCUAGAGGGUCAUUUCACGAGGCCUAACGUGGCGCUGAUGAGAGCCAACCUCGACAAACUCGCCACGCUUGAGCUUCCUGUAUGGCUCACUGAGAUUGAUAUCAGCUCAACCCUCGAUCACAGCACUCAGGCGAUUUAUUUGGAGCAAGUGUUACGUGAAGGAUUCUCCCACCCAUCGGUGAACGGUAUAAUUCUAUGGACCGCACUUCACCCUAAUGGCUGUUACCAAAUGUGCCUCACAGACGAUAAGUUCCGCAACCUUCCCGCCGGCGACGUGGUGGAUCAGAAGCUUCUAGAAUGGACUACCGGUGAAGUUAAGGCAAAGACGGACGACCAUGGUUCCUUCAGCUUCUUGGGAUUUUUGGGAGAGUAUAAAGUCAGCAUCAUAUACGAGGGUAAAACGGUGAAUUCGUCUUUCUCGCUGUCUCGAGACCCUGAGACCAAACAUGUCAGGCUCCGAAUCUAACGUGUGUUUAUGUGUUAAGAUGCUCUGCUAAUCUUAUAUGGUCGAUAGAUACACUUAAAGUCUAGGAAUAUCUAUAAAUGAAUUUAAACUAAAUGUACUGGUGGUAGUGGAGACAAAAGUGACAACAGCUCAAUAAAGGACAUGAAGUGAGACACUACUUUGCUCUGUGGCGUGGGAAAACUUCUAUAAAUUUUUUAUAGAAAUUUCUGACAUACGGAGACAUCAAAUCAGUAGAAUCGUCAAAAAGUAAAUAAAAAAGAUAAGUGGCAUGAUUCAAAACACACUGCAAUGAACUGUGAGGUCCAGCUUGUGUCUGGCAACAUUAUCAUAUAGACUUAUUUAACUCUCCAAGAUUUAAGUACACCAACCAACACAAUAAAUGUUGAUUUCAAUUAACGGGUUCGUUUCUUAAUUUCUGGCGCUUUAGAUCUACAACAAACCCAUUCGAGAUGAUUAAAUGAUCACAAAAACAUAUCUCACAAUGUCGAAAA